UAUUUGAGAACCAUUCCCUCGGAGAAUAUUUGCGAAAGUUUUGUAGCACCGUACAGUAAGAAAGACUUCGAAUUAGAUGGCGUGGGUAGGUCCACUUCGGAUCAGGUGGUGCUUCCUCAGUUUCCCUGACAACGCAUAGCUAGGAAUAAAAAAAAACUAACAACCAUUCAACGACCUACUGUGUGCUGCAGUAGAACAGUGGAGGACUGUCAGGAAUAAACUUGACUUUUCUGGAGGCGAUGCCACGUCGACCCUCCUUCAAGAACUACCGGUCUAGGGUGUGUGUGUCCGCUUCGCCUUCGUUCGCAAUCCGCUCGGCGGCAUUCGGACGUACUACGGUUGAGAAUCAGCAUCGGUGCUUAAUCGAUAACGAGUCAACGGUAGGGUCGGUUUGAGGGUUUUGGUUGCAUUACAGCGCCAGAGGACGGGCGAGUAGUAGAUAGAUCGGAGAAUUCAAGGUUGUCAAUAUCAUGGUCGGGUCGGUCGGGUCGGGUACGUUCGUUCAGCCUACUUUCAGUUUCAGUUCCCGUUCGAACGUCGGUUGCAUACGGUGCUGAUCGUUGCGCGCUGCCAACCGGGCACAUCCUUGCUCGGGCCUGUUAGGCCCAUCCGUGUCUUCCGGUAUCGUUCCGGUGUUAGCGGGGCGGCGAUACACCUAGAUCGCGUGUGAAUUAUCGCAAUAUUAUGACCUAAUUUUUCGGAGUGCCGCAGUGUUCGGGAGUCCGCAGCGCUCUGCCGGUGCUUGUGGACCAGAAAGUUUGAAUCGUGAAUCAAUUUGCGCCAUGAGUAAGAAAAAUUUUGCGCAAAAGUGUGUGAUCAAACGGGAAUGAUUUGAGCUCUAGUACAACCCCAACAUUCCGACCGUAAUUUAAUACGCCCCAGGAUGAAUACUUCAAAGUGGCUUCCGAAACAGCACCAGGAGGUGAUCAAGCUGUUCGAGCAAUCGCGCCAGCUGGAACGGGAGCUGCGGAUAUUGGGCAAGAAGUUUGCCACGGAUAUUAAUAUUGAUCUACCGGAUUACUAUGAAUUCGAACGGUUGCUACAACAAAGUCGCGAAUGCUUCGAGCGGUCGGCCCACGUGCAGACGCGCCUGAUACGAAUGUCGGCAUCAUCGGCGGACAAGAACGUGGAGCGAAGCUUCUUCAAGAUUCUGCUGAACCGGAAGGCACAUCUAAUACGGCAAAACUUGCGUAAGCGCAACUUGCAGCUCAUUUUCAUCAUCAACAAGAUGAUCAAGCUCAUGCUUGCGGCGACCUACACGUCCGAGGUUGUGGUCGAUGGAGCACUGUUGCUGUGCACGCUUCACAACGAAAGUGUGAUCCUGGCGCAAAAGACUACGCAAGCUCGCACGCAAACAAAUGCGCAAAUCUGCAGCAAUUCGUUCCCCCCGCUGAUGUCCACGCCGAAGAAGGUCGACGUGGGAACGAUCCUGCAGAUCAUUACGAAGCAACGGGCCGAGGAUUGCUGCAGUACACUGAUCAACUGUCUGCUGACCACGUGCAAGGGGGCGCUGAGCGUGACGAACGAGGAGAACGAAUCCGACACUUCUAGUGUGGAAAUUUUGCGGGCCCUAACGACCAAUCUGCAGGGACCAACCGAGGGCGGGAAGCACAUUGACCCGAUACAGGAAGAAAUGAACAUUAGGCGCAAGGCGAGUGUGAACAUGAUAUCUAGCGGGGAAAUUCACUCUCGCGGAAAGGCUACACCCGGCCGGAAGGUGGUCGUGUCGCCGAUUGUGAAGCCGGAAUCGCGCGAACCGGACGAAUCGGAGCAUAAUGAUCCGGCGAUACAUUUCUUCGAUGCAAUGGCCGCCGAAGCGGUGGCGUACAAUUCCAUCAACUAUCUCGUGAACGAACCGGAUGGUAUGGAUUUGCUGGAGAAUUUGAUUGCUGAUGAGGAGAUUUUUGUGGCCAACGUUAUCAUGAAGGUGAUCAAGUACUGUCCAUCGGCGUUCGAGCGAGAGCUUACGAAAUCGGAGCUGAUCAAGUGGGUGAACCGGGGCACUCGCGGCCUGUGGACGCAGGUUGGCGGAUCGCUCGAGCACGUCGUGCUGUGGUGGAGCUCAUCGCCGUUGGCCUGCAGACCGGCGGCCUGUGCUAAGUAUCUGCGCGACUGGCUAUCGCUGCUGCAGCCGGACGAAGCACCCGAACCGAUACUGUCCACCUUAAAGGGGCUGGGGGAAACGCUCACGGUGCAUGUGACGAGCACGAUCUGGGACAAGCAUUUCCGUUUGGCUGUGGUGUCCUCCAGCCUGCCUGUGGACUAUGCCUUCGAGGAGGGUGAGUUCUGUGGUAAAAAUGUGAAUGUGGAAGGAACAGUUUGUGGGAAGGUUUGGAGUGAGCUGCUUUAUCAACUGGUGCAGCUAUCGAACACCUGCGACAUCGGCACGAUUGCCAACGAGCUGCCACUGGUCGAGCAGAUACCGGUUCUGCAUCGGCUCGAUCAUUCCAUCCAUUCCAUGCGCAUCUGGGCGGCCAACAAGGCCCGGUCGCUCUGUACCGACUGGAACAUGAUGAUGUUCUUCAAGGUGGUCCACAGCGACAUAGGCCUGUGCCUGGAGCAGCUGCAAUACAUACGCGUGCCGGAGCUGGCCGCUGACGACCCGCUGGAGGUGCAGGUACAGGUUUGCGUUGCGCUACGGGCGAAGCUUGUGUCGGAGAUAAAGGAAAACAUCAUCAAGCUGAAGGCGACCUGCACCGAGUGUAUCGAUGUGCUGGCCGCAGUCUGCCGCACGACGAGCCUUGCCUCGCUAACCCUGUGCUUCCCGUACUUCAAACACUGGCAAACGGAAGCACUUCAGGAACGGGCCAACGAGUACGUGGCGUACUUUUUCAACCAGAUCUAUCUGCCCGUGAUUCAGGCGACAAAGGACAUUGAAAUACUAAAGCUUACGCUGAAGAUUAUCUGCGAGGCUUGGUUGGAUCAUAUCUAUAUGAAGAAAACGAAAUUCAGCAGCGCUGGGGCGUUGAACUUGCUGAAGGACUUUGACGGUGUGGCGGAGUGGAUCAAUGCUUGCGAAGCGUUGGAUGAACGGUUACGGGAAACCCUGUCCCAUCACGAGGUACUGCGGAUGUGCGAAGGAGUAGGCAAGCUGCUGCUUCGGAAGCCCGAGGAAACGAUAUCCAUUCUGCCAAGUCCUUCGAAAGCGGGCAAGAAAACCGACGAUACUGCCGACGAGAAAGCGCCACUGCCACCGGAAAUGUUUGUUCCGAAUCAAAAGCGUUGGUUGGAAUUGCGGGCCCGCGACAGACGUGCGGUAAAUCUCAACUGUCUGUGCCUUUGUGCCGGGAUGGAUGUGUACUAGAGGGUAAUCUUGAGAACCUAUCGAACAUAAUUAUGGAGCUUAAGUGACCGUGAAACUCUAUUUUUUGGUUAUCAAUUCUCUCCGCUAUUCAAAGUUAAGGCGUUUCUGCCACGAAUAUCUUUUUUUAUUUAUUUAACUUUUCAAAAGUCAAGUUUCUCUGCCAUGCUGUUGUUAAUAAUUUAAAUCGAAAUAAAUUGUUAGCAACGAAAACCUAUGUUGAUAAUGAACAUAACGAACAUUUCUAUUGGUAACGGAAAAAU